AAGGCACCACCAUAAAAGGAUUCUGCUCAGUCUCUCUUAAAGCAACAUGCCAGGCUUAACUAACUUCAGUUUGGGCAAACACUGACUGCUACAACAGAGGCCCCAGCAACUCACUGAUAUUGACUCUGACCACCACUGCUGGAGAGAGAAAUGGCUGACAAUUUUACCACGCCACUGGCAGCUCUUCAGGGAAACUACUGCGAUCUCUAUGCACACCACAGCACAGCCAGGAUAUUAAUGCCUUUGCAUUACAGCCUUGUCUUCAUCAUUGGGCUAGUGGGAAACCUGCUGGCCUUGGUUGUCAUUAUUCAAAACAGAAAAAAAAUCAACUCGACCACCCUCUAUUCAAUGAAUUUGGUGAUUUCUGACAUUCUGUUUACCACAGCUUUACCCACGAGGAUAGCCUACUAUGCGCUGGGCUUUGACUGGAGGAUAGGUGAUGCUCUAUGCAGGAUAACUGCUCUUGUAUUCUACAUCAACACGUAUGCAGGUGUGAACUUCAUGACGUGCUUGAGCAUUGACCGCUUCUUUGCUGUGGUGCACCCUCUACGUUACAACAAGAUUAAAAGAAUCGAAUAUGCAAAGUGCGUGUGCAUUUUUGUCUGGAUUCUAGUAUUUGCUCAGACACUCCCACUACUCAUCAACCCUAUGUCGAAGCAGGAGGCCGAAAGGACUACCUGUAUGGAAUACCCAAACUUUGAAGAAACAGCCUCUCUCCCCUGGAUUCUGCUCGGUGCAUGUUUGAUAGGAUUUGUGCUUCCCCUCAUCAUCAUCCUCAUCUGCUAUUCUCAAAUCUGCUGCAAACUCUUCAAAACCGCCAAGAAAAACCCACUGACUGAGAAAUCGGGGGUGAACAAAAAAGCUCUCAACACAAUCAUCUUCAUCAUUGUUGUGUUUGUUCUCUGUUUCACACCUUAUCACACUGCAAUUAUUCAACACAUGAUUAAGAAGCUCUGUUUUCCUGGUGUUCUAGAAUGUGACCAAAGACAUUUGUUCCAGAUUUCUCUGCACUUUACAGUAUGUCUGAUGAACUUCAACUGUUGUAUGGACCCAUUUAUAUAUUUCUUUGCAUGUAAAGGGUACAAGAGAAAAGUCAUGAAGAUACUGAAACGUCAAGUCAGUGUAUCGAUUUCCAGUGCAGUAAGGUCAGCCCCUGAAGAAAAUUCAAGAGAAAUGACCGAGUCACAGAUGAUGAUACACUCUAAGGUCUCAAAUGGAAGUAAAAAGGACAACAUCUUGGACUUCACAGCAAAGCAAGUUGUGUGAUGGACUCCAAAGGACUUCUCUUCCAAAGGAAAAUGAUGGCUUAUCUCCCAAUUAGUAUUCCUUUUAAUUCUCCUCACUGGGCACUAUUUCCCACUGCCAACUAAUGGAGAUACACAUCAGCUCAAGAGAACAACAUAAAACAAGUUCUACUUUGUAAAUGAAAUAUUAUGUAUAAAUGGGAGUAAUCUUAACAAGUCUCAAUGUAAAAAGAAAUGUUUUAUGUUCUUAAGAACUCAAUCAUUACUAUUUCCUGCCAAUAAUUUGGCAAAAGGAAAAAGACUGAUUCCACUGUAUACUGUCAGUGUAAAAAUGUUAAUAUUGUAAUAUGGUUUUGAUAACAUAUUUCUUAAAUCCAUGUUUUCCAUUUUAGAUUUUUUUUCCUUAGUAAUAUUUUCUGUUGUUUUGUUUUGUGAUACAACUGUUUAAAGAACACUUUUUUGGGAAUAAAGAGCAGGAAUAUAACAAAAGUACUAAUAUAUCUCUCAAUGCUUACUUUAACUAACAGUAGAAAUUCGAAGUAUAAUUAGCAACGGGUUGAUGUGAAAAGCAAUGCUAUAAAUGCUGAUGGUGACAGAGUCAAUGAAAGCAUCAAGUUUUUCCCCUCAUAGCGAGCAUAGUAGUUUUGGACCACUGCUCAGAAAUGUAAGGAUAUUUAAUAGAGAUACCCAAUGAAAGAAAUGUCUACUUGCU